AUGCAUCCAACAGAUAAAGUGCUUUCCCCAAUUGUGCCUGUUAGGCUAUCAGAGAUUUUCAGUGAGCAUGUAACCACAAAGGAGACAAUUUUGAGGUACAAUGGAAAUAAUGGAGACAUUGUUCAAUCUGCAUUUGAAGGAGCCAACUCUGCAUCCCGUUUAUGGAGAUCAGAUCAAGUACAGUUUCCAAUUGUAGUAGGAAGUCACUGGUUUCUCUUUUCGGUGUGCUUGAAAGCAAAAGUUUUUGCAUUUUGUGAUUCCCUCUAUAAUGAAGGUGAUGCUUUCCAUAAUGCAAUCAGAGAACCACUGAUUCAAAACUUCGUUGCUCUGUGGAAUAUUAUUGUAACUCCUCAAAUGUCUUAUCAAAUUGACUUCAAUGAGUUUCAAACCAGAUACCCACCUGUUCCAAAACAAGACAACAGUGAUGACUGCGGUGUUUUCCUAAUGAAGUUUAUGGAAAUUCAUGAUCCAAGGACUCAAAUGCAGAACUCAUUUUCUCAAGCAGACAUUCUUAACCUGAGAAUCAAAUAUGCUAAUGAGAUUUUCUUCACAAAGCUGAACAAAAUAGACAAGACUAUUGUGUCUGAAUUCUUUGGUGAUGUUGGAAUGUGAAUAUUACAACUGAAGCAUGGAGAUACAAACACAAGCAAAUGAAGAUGUGA